AUGGCAGGUGAUUUUAAUGCAGUCAUUAGUCUGGAAGAAAAGAGGGGAGGGCUUGCUAGGCUAGACCAAUCUUCAAACCUACUCAGAGAUAUGAUUGGCUCAUUGUUUCUCAUUGAUGUGAAACCAACUAAUGGUGUCUUUACUUGGAAUAAUCGGAGAUGUGGUGGUGAGGCUAUCUCGGAAAGGCUUGAUAGAUUUUUGGUUUCAUGCUAUUGGAUGGACAAUAGGUGGAUCACUAGUUCUGAAAUUCUUGACUGGAGGGGAUCAGAUCAUUGGCCUGUUAAGCUUUCCAUCACGUCAUACAGGGUCACCAAGAAUCCCUCUUUCAAAUUCCAAUUGAUGUGGCUCAGAGACUUGUCUUUACCUGAUCUUAUGGGGGAUUGGUGGUAUGAGGGGAUGCCUGAUCAUGGUACGGCCAUGUAUACCUUUAGUAAAAGGCUUCAACAUGUGAAGUAUAGGCUUAAGAGAUGGAAUAAACAAUGCUUUGGUUAUCUACAUGUUCAGAAGACUGCUGCUCAAACCAGGCUAGAUACCAUUACCCGCCAGAUUCGGGACCAUGGUUUGGAUUCUGGGAUGAGUGAAGCAGAGUCCCUGGCUCUUAAGGAGUUGGAAGAAUGGGAGCUUCGGGAGGAGAUUUUCUGGAAGCAGAAAUCUUGUAUUGAUUGGCUUCAGGAGGGGGAUAGGAACACUGCUUUUUUCCACAACUCUGUUAAGGCUCGCAGGGAUGGGAACUCUCUUUCCUCUCUUGUCUUAACGGAUGGAACUUAG